UAAUCAUUCUAAACUAUCUAAAGCGCUAUUUUGUUCAAAGCCUUUUGCUUCACUCAAGGCUCUAGAUUUGCUUUGAUUAGCAAAACUUUCUUUUGUUCCACAAUUCAGAGUUCAAUUCAACUCGAGAACAAAGAGAUCUGAGAAAGAAAUGGGAGGUCAUAUGAGCAAGAAGACAACUGAAGCAUCUCAGGGGGCGGCGGCGGCAGCGGCGAUAAAUCUCGGUGGAGAUUUGCAGUAUAAGAAUGAAUUGAGCUCGUAUGAAGCGGCGUGUAAGCUUGAUACCGAUCUGCAGACUUUUGAUACGACUCUGCAGGCUAAGACUAGUCGCGUGAUCAACACGCUGGCGGUUGGUGUGGAGGUCCGGGCGCUUUCGUUUGAUUCUUUGAAGGAGGUGACGGGUUGUCUUCUAGAGAUGAACCAGGAGGUGGUGAAGGUGAUCUUGGAGUGCAAGAAAGAUAUAUGGAAGAAUCAGGAGCUGUUCGAGCUGGUGGAGGAGUACUUCGAGAAUAGUUUGCAGACUCUGGAUUUCUGUACGGCGUUGGAGAAGUGUCUGAAGCGCGCUCGCGACAGUCAGUUGCUGAUCCUCGUCGCGCUGCAGCAGUUUGAGAAAGAAACGGAGAUCGGAGGGAGUCAGUAUGUCAGGACGCUGGAGGAGCUGAAGAAUUUCAAGGCAGCAGGGGAUCCAUUUACAGAGGAGUUCUUCCAGAUCUUUCAAUCUGUGUCCAGGCAGCAGAUUCUGAUGUUGGAGAAGUUGCAGUUUCGAAAGAACAAGUUGGAUAAGAAGCUCAAGUACAUCCAUGCGUGGAGGAAGGUUUCGAAUAUGAUUUUCGUGGCUUCUUUCGCUGCGUUGUUGAUUUGCUCUGUUGUGGCGGCUGCCAUGGCUGCUCCACCAGUGGCUGCCGCUCUUGCCGCUGCGACUUCCAUUCCGGUUGGUUCGAUGGGGAAAUGGAUUGAUUCUCUCUGGAAAAACUAUGAAAAUGCAUUGAAAGGGCAGAAGGAGAUGAUCAGCUCAAUGCAGGCAGGGACUUAUGUCGCCAUUAAGGAUCUGGAUAGCAUCCGGGUGCUGAUUGAUCGGCUGGAGAUUGACAUAGAAGCUAUGUUGCAGACUGCGGAUUUUGCAAUCGAGGAAGAAGCGGUGAAGAUCGCGAUAGAAGAGAUUAAGAAGAAGCUGGGAGUGUUUAUGAAGAAUGUGGAGGAUUUGGGGGCACAGGCUGAUCUCUGCAGCCGCGACAUCAGGCGGGCAAGGACUGUGGUUCUGCAGAGAAUCAUAAAACAACCAAACAACUGAGCAAUCAAAGAAACCUCCAUGGAUGACUGCUGCUAACCUCUGACAACUUACCAGCCCCAUGCCAUGGCCUUGACGAUGAUGAAGAAGAUGACUGACAAAACAUUCCUCAGAUCCAACAUUCUUAAUUGUAGAAAUCAUGCUCGGAUUCAUGUUCCAAAGAAAUAAUUUAAGUUUCCCUUUUUUAAUGAAUUUUAUUCAUGUUCUUUGUUUCCAAGUCACAUACUCUUCCAUUUUUUCAUUUUGAAAUGUUCAUUGUAAGAAUUGUAAUAAGUGAAACUCUUUAUC